GCCCGCCGCCGCCGAGCGGGAGCGUCCGAGCCGCCCGCGCCUCCGCGGCCUCCUCCCCUCGGCACAUGGUCGCCCGCCCCUUCCUGCGCCGCGCUCGGCUCCCGCGCCUCGCCGCCGCCGCCGCCGCGCCCGUGCCGCCCGCCCCGCCGGUCGCUCCCGGCCGCCGCCCGCCCUCCGUCCCCAGGGCCGCCGGCGCCCGGCUGAGGGCUGCGGCGCGCGGGAGCCAUGGAAUAAUGCCCAGCGGCCCGCCCGGUCCCGGUAAUUCUCUGAUGUGACGGCUGAGACAUGAGAUCUUCAGCCUCCAGGCUCUCCAGUUUUUCGUCAAGAGAUUCACUAUGGAAUCGGAUGCCGGACCAGAUCUCCGUCUCCGAGUUCAUCACCGAGACCACCGAGGACUACAACUCGCCCACCACGUCCAGCUUCACCACGCGUCUGCACAACUGCAGGAACACCGUCACGCUGCUGGAGGAGGCUCUAGACCAAGAUAGAACAGCCUUGCAGAAAGUGAAGAAGUCUGUAAAAGCAAUAUAUAAUUCCGGUCAAGAUCACGUACAAAAUGAAGAAAACUAUGCACAAGUUCUUGACAAGUUUGGAAGUAAUUUUUUAAGUCGAGACAACCCAGAUCUUGGCACUGCUUUUGUCAAGUUUUCUACUCUUACAAAGGAACUGUCCACGCUGCUGAAAAAUCUGCUCCAGGGCCUGAGCCACAAUGUGAUCUUCACCUUGGACUCCUUGUUAAAAGGAGACCUGAAGGGAGUCAAAGGAGAUCUCAAGAAGCCAUUUGACAAAGCUUGGAAAGAUUAUGAGACAAAGUUCACGAAGAUUGAGAAGGAGAAAAGAGAGCACGCGAAGCAGCACGGCAUGAUCCGGACAGAGAUCACGGGCGCUGAGAUCGCAGAAGAGAUGGAGAAGGAACGGCGCCUCUUCCAGCUCCAGAUGUGCGAGUAUCUCAUUAAAGUUAAUGAAAUCAAGACCAAAAAGGGUGUGGAUCUGCUGCAGAAUCUCAUAAAGUAUUAUCAUGCACAGUGCAAUUUCUUUCAAGAUGGCUUGAAGACGGCUGAUAAAUUGAAACAGUACAUCGAGAAACUGGCUGCUGAUUUAUAUAAUAUAAAACAGACCCAGGAUGAAGAAAAGAAACAGCUCACUGCACUCCGAGAUUUAAUAAAAUCCUCUCUUCAACUCGAUCAGAAGGAAUCUAGGAGAGAUUCCCAGAGCCGGCAAGGAGGGUACAGCAUGCACCAGCUGCAGGGCAACAAGGAGUACGGCAGUGAGAAGAAGGGUUACCUGCUGAAGAAGAGCGAUGGGCUCCGGAAGGUGUGGCAGAGGAGGAAGUGCGCCGUCAAGAAUGGGAUUCUGACCAUCUCCCACGCCACGUCUAACAGGCAGCCCGCCAAGUUGAACCUUCUCACCUGCCAGGUGAAACCCAAUGCAGAGGACAAGAAGUCUUUUGACCUGAUAUCACAUAACAGGACGUACCACUUCCAGGCGGAAGACGAGCAGGAUUAUGUAGCAUGGAUAUCCGUACUGACAAAUAGCAAAGAAGAGGCCCUCACCAUGGCCUUCCGUGGAGAGCAGAGCACGGGGGAGAACAGUCUGGAAGACCUGACGAAAGCCAUCAUUGAGGACGUCCAGCGGCUCCCUGGGAAUGAUGUCUGCUGCGAUUGCGGCUCAUCAGAACCCACCUGGCUUUCAACCAACUUGGGUAUUUUGACCUGUAUAGAAUGUUCUGGCAUCCAUAGGGAAAUGGGGGUUCACAUUUCUCGCAUUCAGUCUUUGGAACUAGACAAAUUAGGAACUUCUGAACUCUUGCUGGCCAAGAAUGUAGGAAACAAUAGUUUUAAUGAUAUUAUGGAAGCAAAUUUACCCAGCCCCUCAACAAAACCCACCCCUUCAAGUGAUAUGACUGUGCGGAAAGAAUAUAUCACUGCGAAGUAUGUAGAUCAUAGGUUUUCAAGGAAGGCCUGUUCGUCUUCAUCAGCUAAGCUGAAUGAGUUGCUCGAGGCCAUCAAAUCCAGGGAUUUACUUGCACUAAUUCAAGUCUAUGCAGAGGGAGUGGAGCUCAUGGAACCACUGCUGGAGCCCGGACAGGAGCUCGGGGAGACAGCCCUGCAUCUUGCCGUCCGAACUGCAGAUCAGACAUCUCUUCACUUGGUUGACUUCCUUGUACAAAACUGUGGGAACCUGGAUAAACAGACGGCCCUGGGCAACACGGCUCUGCACUACUGCAGUAUGUACAGUAAACCCGAGUGUUUAAAGCUGCUGCUCAGGAGUAAGCCCACCGUGGGCGUCGUGAACCAGGCUGGGGAGACUGCCCUGGACAUAGCAAAGAGAUUAAAAGCUACCCAGUGUGAAGAUCUGCUUUCCCAGGCUAAAUCUGGGAAGUUCAACCCCCACGUGCACGUGGAGUAUGAAUGGAACCUGCGACAGGAGGAGAUGGAUGAGAGCGAUGACGACCUGGACGACAAACCGAGCCCCAUCAAGAAAGAGCGCUCCCCGAGGCCUCAGAGCUUCUGCCACUCCUCCAGCAUCUCUCCCCAAGACAAGCUGUCACUGCCGGGAUUCAGCACUCCGAGGGACAAACAGCGGCUCUCCUACGGCGCCUUCACCAACCAGAUCUUUGUCUCCACAAGCACAGACUCGCCCACGUCACCGACCACAGAGGCGCCUCCGCUGCCUCCUAGAAACGCCGGGAAAGGUCCAACUGGCCCACCUUCAACACUCCCUCUAAGCACCCAGACCUCUAGUGGCAGCUCCACCCUGUCCAAGAAGAGGCCUCCUCCCCCACCACCCGGACACAAGAGAACCCUAUCCGACCCUCCCAGCCCACUACCUCACGGGCCCCCAAACAAAGGCGCAGUUCCUUGGGGUAACGAUGUGGGUCCGUCGUCAUCAAGUAAGACCGCGAACAAGUUUGAGGGACUGUCUCAGCAAUCGAGCACCGGCUCUGCAAAGACUGCCCUUGGUCCAAGAGUUCUUCCUAAACUACCUCAGAAAGUGGCACUAAGGAAAACAGAAACCAGCCAUCACCUCUCCCUGGACAAAGCCAACAUCCCAGCCGAGAUCUUCCAGAAGUCAUCACCGUUGGCAGAGUUACCGCAGAAGCCACCACCCGGAGACCUGCCGCCGAAGCCCACGGAACUGGCUCCCAAACCCCAAAUCGGAGAUUUGCCACCGAAGCCAGGAGAACUGCCCCCCAAGCCCCAGCUGGGCGACCUGCCCCCCAAGCCCCAGCUGGCAGACUUACCUCCCAAGCCGCAGAUGAAGGACCUGCCUCCCAAACCGCAGCUGGGAGACCUGCUGGCGAAGUCCCAGACUGGAGAGGUGUCCCCCAAGGCCCAGCAGCCCCCCGACGUCACCCAGAAGUCACACCCGGCAGAUCUCUCCCCAAACGUGCAGUCCCGAGAUGCCAUCCAAAAGCAAGCAUCCGAAGAUGCCACUGACCUCACGCCCACCCUGCCUGAGACGCCUGUACCACUGCCCAGGAAAAUCAACACGGGGAAAAACAAGGUGAGACGAGUGAAGACCAUCUACGACUGCCAGGCGGACAAUGACGAUGAGCUCACCUUCAUGGAGGGGGAAGUGAUUGUCGUCACAGGGGAGGAGGACCAGGAGUGGUGGAUUGGGCACAUUGAAGGACAGCCCGAAAGGAAGGGGGUCUUUCCGGUGUCCUUUGUUCACAUCCUGUCCGACUAGCAAAAAGCAGAACCUUAAUUAAGAUUGUCCACAUCGUCAUGUGAGACCGCUGCCUCCACGUAACCCCGUGCACAUGUGUGUAUAUAGCUGCUGUUACAGAAGAGAGACUCCGGAAGCGCCACCUCAGGAGGGCCGUGGUGUGUGCUGUAAAUACCCGGGGGGCGUCUGCCCUCGCCAGUGUCGGGGGCCCUGGGACCCGGCGCGCCGUACUGGUCCGCCCCCCUGGCCACCUAGCACGCCCACCUCUGUGCUGCUUUCCCGGCAGACAGACGAAACCAGGAAUCUCGGAACUGCUGGCUUUGCCAAUAAGAGUGGUCUCCAGCAACCGUGGAAAGGCAGGGAAUCGACUCUGUGUUCCUAACGCAACAGUGUUCUCAGCUGUGUUACUGCAAACGCGACAGUAGCAGAGAGGUGGGCUCUGUUCUGCAGGCGAGACUUCUAGCUCCAGGACAGACCAGCCUGUAGCUGAUCUGUGUACACAGUUUACAGCUACAAAAACCGACGUUGGUGUUUAUUACAGAGAAGUGCUCGGUUCAGUGUAAGUGUUACUCCUUCAGCAAAAUAUUCGCUGACCCAACCCCUUUGGUGGCAUUUUCCGGUCCCGCAGCCUCGCGCAGUUAGGCCAGGUGGGUGUAUAAGGUCUUCUGGUGAGGCGUACCCGCCCCUGAGAUAUUACCUCAUUAUGCAAAAUAACAUAUCCUUCACGACUAUUUUGACAAAAGCUUAGAACACACCUGAAGAAGCUCAACUUUCAGGAACUGAGGACCGCCAGGAAGCAUUAGCCUCUACAUUAUGCAUGCAUUUAGAAGCUUACCCGAAAUCUGCCUUUUAUAAAGGAAUAGUAUGGACAAGUGGAACUGUACAUUUUUUAACUUGAUUGCCAUUAAAGCAGAAAUUAUAAGAUUGCAACAAUACCUGUUUCUAACCAGUCUUUCGGCUUUCUCAGAGCGUGAAGUUCCAUCUCCUCUUCUGAUUAGCGUCCUUCGCCUGUGUUAAAGCCCCGAACACAUCAAUUUAAAUUAUUUUCGUAGUUUUUUCCUUGAUCAGUUCAAAUGCGUGACAAGAUGGUUCGCGAAGAUGACGGAAUUUGAACGUCGGCCCCUCACGCCGUUCCGCUGCCGCAGAAUCCCGGUGCUGACGCCACCUCUCCUCGCUCCGCGCUCCCGGCUCUGCCCCCCUCGCCGGCGAGCCUGCCAGCCUCACACUCGGUGCCGUGGACGCGUGAUGGUCAGGCCAGUUCUCAGCCAGGCGCUGUGAGCGGGUCUCCCUCCGUGUCCGCCCGUCCGGGCCCCAUCCGUCUGUCUGACCGCUAGAACGCCGGCCCCGGACUUUGCCAAGAACACAGCUGCCCUCCCUGCGCAGCAGGGCUGCCCUCUUGAUUCCAAGACCCUCGGGGCCUUCUGGUGUCACGUUCGCUUACACGGCUCUCUGGGCCGCCACACAGAAAGCUAAUCCUACUAAGCCCUUGACCUCGGCAGUAAGAGAGAAAGGUUCAUUUCACAGAAGCACAACAUCCCACUGAACCCCUAGGAAAAGCCCUCCUUAAUAGAGUCUCCGUGCUCAGUGAGUAUCCAUUUAGUUCUGCUUAAGUGAGUACUACGAAAACUUGGAAUAACCACCUAAUAAGUAAACCUUGCAUGACAGACCUGCAACACAACUUCUCAGCUGUUCCUGGAAAGUGAGUUGAAGCAGUUGCCGCCCAGGGUGGGGUGGCUGGGCAGGGGGGUACCCCGAGAGCCCCACACAGAAGGCGAGAGUGGUGGUGGCAGGCGGCCGGGCGAGUGCAGCCCUGCUUACUGGCCGCACUGGUGUCGGGACAGGAAGUCGCCAUCCGAAGUGACCUAGAGUCCUGGUUCAUUCAAGUACACAUUUUUAGUUGCAUUAAAGAACUAUUUGUUUCUGUGGCCUACAGUAUUUUCAGCUGAUAUCAAAAUAAACUGGUUUUCUAAAAAACUCAAAA